CUGCAAUGUACUGUUUACAUUGUGCAAUGACUGGACAAAUAGUCUCCCACAUAAUCAGGAUCAGCAAAGUAAAUGCUCGAGAGUUGAGACCAACAAAGAGCCGACGCAAAAGAAUGGCGCAUUUAGAGACGUUGCCCGAAAAGAGUUUGACAACUACAUACAAAAACCUAAUUUGUCAAGAUGAUUUAAGGUCAGACGGAAAUCCUCUCUUUGAAGACCAAGUACCAGCGUCUUUGUUCGCAGUGGCAGCUGAGCAGAGUACACAUCGUUGUAGGCUGGUUGCAGGAUGUCUGGGACUACUUAGUGUUUUCCUUCUGGCAGCUGAUAUUGCUCUUGGAAUCCACUAUCACAACAUCAGAAAUAAAGAACUCUCAUUUAAACACCAAUUGACACAAGUCAGUAGUGAGCUGGAUCAAAUCCGUAGCAACAUGCAAGCCAAGGACGAGGCACAACUUUCCCUGGCAAUGGCACUUCAUAGACAGAGUGAAGUUUCAGUGAUGCAAGAGUAUCAAGAACAACAGAUGAGGGACUUUGAGAACAGGAUCCAAGCCGUUCAGGAGGAGCAAACAAACAUGAAGUCUCACAUCUCUCAACUUGAAGUGAGUUGUGCACAGUGUAUGCCAGGGUGGACACUUCUGAACUCCAGAUGUUACUAUUUCCCUUUCUCGGACACCAUUCCCCGGAAAGGAUGGAAGGAAAGUAGAGACACCUGUGUUGCGAAAGGAGGAGACCUGGCAGUAGUAGAUAGCUGGCAGAAGCAGGAGGAGAUAAGUAAGUUGAUAUUGGCAAAGUACACCGACAAACCGAUACGCCUCAGUGGAUUCUGGAUUGGACUUUCUGAUAUUAGUUCCGAGGGAAACUGGACAUGGCAGAAUGGAGUGAAGAUGACUCAGGGGUAUUGGGAAGAUGGAGAACCAAAUGACUACUAUCAGUUAGAGGACUGUGUUGCCAUCUACCCCAGGAGUAACUUUAGCAAAAACUGGAAUGAUGCCCCAUGUACACAUCCACUGAAAUGGAUAUGUGAAAAGGAUCGCUAAUCUGAAAAAGUGUUGACAUGAAGAAAACUGAGACUCCAAAAUAAAAGCAUAAGCAUUCAUUAUUUGUAAUGAAUAUCAUAUUUGCUACCCUCAUACUUUUGAUGAGUAAACUGACAAACAGGGGGCAAGAAACAUCUACAGCCCAAAAUGACUGCCUAUGCAUAUUUUCUAGCCUAGGGAAGGCAUUCUGCGUUGCAUAGUUCCAACACAACUAAGUUAUUGUGGACCUUGGUAUGGUCAUAGUUCAAGGCAAAACCCGAAUCAAAACACUGAUGUAUGCACAACAACAAUUCUAAACUAUAACUGUUUGUAGUAGUAACAGAGAGUAUACAUCAUUUUUCUGAGAGCCAUCCAUACACUGUUAAUACCCACCACCUGUGGCCUAUGAUGUUCCAGACUUGUGUCAAGACUUUGUCACUGGUUACCAGAGGGCUGCAUGAUUUAUAUUAUAAACCCCAUUCUAUAACAAGCAGCAGUUCAACACAUUAUUUUGCUUAUUAGUCACUAGAGGGAACCAGAGUGAAUAUGUUGAUGAAUGCGCAACUGGCAAUUCUAAAGCAAUACUCAUGAAACAGUACUAAUGAAAAAAUAUCUAACCUGGGAAAGUACAGAAUAUUCUGUCCUAAAGUUGGUCUGUGUGAAAGGGAUAACUGCCUAUACAAGGUAUUGCAUCGAACAGAAGACUUUAUCUUCUUGUCCUGCCUUAAAUUACAUACUAUACAC